GAGGGAAGAAAAAGUCUGGUAAACGUGGGUUCCUUGAUCAGUGACGGAGAAUACACAGCGUUGUCUCCGCUGCAAGACACCAAUCUCGGGACACAGCUUAGACCAAUUCCCUUGUCCUUCACUCCUUGCCCUAUGGGCUUGUUGAGAGAGAGAAUCCUCAACUAUGAUCUGCAUAUAUACCUCGGAUGACAACCCCUCCUUCCCUCUUGUCCCUCACAAUCCAUUCCGCCAUCCAUAAUCUCUCUCGCAUCUCCGAUCUCUCCUUUCUCCCUGAUCACGUCGUCCUUGAUCUUUUCCUGCAGGAAACUUUAAGGGCUGGAAAGUUAAACGAGAGGGUUUUAAAGUUGUUCGUGGCAACUGGAAAAGAUGAAGUUCUUUCGCUCAUUGAGGCAUUCAAUAUCCAGCAAAUUGUCACCCCUGUUCUUCCUACCAGGUGUUCAGAAAAAUUCUAGGAUUCAGUGAUAAAACUUCUGCUGCUUCUUUUAAGGAGAGUUGCCAAUCUUUUCUUUUCUUUUUUAAAUUAUUAUCACAAAUCAUUGUUUUUAUUUUCUUGAGAAGUUUUAAAGAUGUCCCAGCUUAAUAUUAUGGAUAGCGAGGUCGACAUUGUAGUCGGAGCGCUCCACUCUGAUCUGACUUCAUUUAUGAACGAAUGGAAGCCUAUUUUCUCCCAAUACCACUUGAUUAUUGUCAAGGAUCCUGAACUCAAAGAGGACCUCAUAAUUCCAGAUGGCUUUGAUCUGGACGUCUAUACUCAACAAGAUAUAGAUAGAAUUGUUGGUGCUUCUAAUUCAAUUAAAUUCUCUGGUUACUCUUGCCGAUACUUUGGCUACCUCAUGUCCAGAAAAAAAUAUAUCAUCUCAAUUGAUGAUGACUGUGUUCCAGCCAAAGAUGAUAAGGGCUUGUUAGUAGAAUUUGUAGCACAGCACAUAUCGAACCUUUCGACUCCAGCCACUCCUUUCUUCUUCAACACAUUGUAUGAUCCAUUUAGGAAAGGAGCGGAUUUCGUCCGUGGUUACCCAUUUAGCUUAAGGAGUGGGGUUGCUUGUAGUCUGUCAUGUGGACUGUGGCUGAAUCUAGCAGAUUAUGAUGCACCAACACAAGCCCUCAAGCCAAGUCUGAGGAACACGCGCUAUGUCGAUGCAGUCCUCACUAUUCCAGCAGGGGCCAUGUUGCCUGUGAGUGGAAUCAACAUUGCGUUCGAUCGAGAGGUGGUUGGUCCUGCUUUAUGUCCAGCUUUGAGAUUGGCCGGGGAAGGAAAGUUUCGGUGGGAAACCAUGGAAGAUAUAUGGUGCGGAUUAUGCGUUAAGGUAACAUGUGAUCACCUGAAGCUUGGUGUGAAAAGUGGGCUGCCAUAUGUUUGGAGAAAUGAAAGAGGAAGUGCAGUAGAGAGCCUGAAGAAAGAGUGGGAAGGGGUGAAGCUAAUGGAAGAAGUUGUUCCCUUCUUUCAAACUCUUAGGUUACCAGAAGCAGCAGUUACAGCUGAAGCCUGUUUCCUCGAGAUAGCAAAGGCAGUGAAGGAGAAGCUCGGUCGCUCGAACCAAAUGUUUGCUCGUGCUGCUGAUGCCAUGGUCGAAUGGGUCGAGAUUUGGAAGAACGCUGGAUCUGGUCCUUUGCCUGUGGACAAUUAGGAGGAGUUGAUGAGUGAGUUUGGCCUCCUUCACUUCCUCCCCCACCCUUCCCUUCAAUUAAUAACAGAAAGCUCCCUCUAUUUUCUUGCUGUAACAACGAUUUGAGAAGGCUGUUGAAAUUUCGUAAUGGCGAAGAGAGAACUGUUUCACAGUUAUUUUACUUUCAUGUUUGAUAUAUCUCAGCAUCACUGAAGGCUGUUGUUUUGUUGUUUGAUUGGCUGUGGACAAUGGAUGCUUCGUAUGAAUUGCUUGUGAUUGAAUACGGUUCUGGC